AUGUCACUGUCGAGAUCUACAUCUCAUGGCAGUAGUUCUUGCAGUUCGGUCAUCAAAGCACUUCGAUGGCUAUUGAAAUCAGCAGAGGUUGGAUGUUUACAGGUGGUGCAUUCAGUUCUUAUUGGAACCUUUCUGAACCAGAAGGCGCCCAGGGAUAGGAAACAAGCACCUCCUCUGCCUCUGUGGGCAUUGGUGCAGUGGGAGCGUCGUGUGCUCAUGUCCAACUGCACGGUAUUAGAAAUCAUUCUACUGGGUACAUUUUUAUUGAUGGCCUGGGGAUCCCUUCGUUUUUCCGAUGCGCAAAGGUUAGACCUCCAAAAAAUCAUCUAUCACGAUGGUACCAUGCGAGGGGUGAUAUGGCGCUCCAAGACAGCAGUCAGCGGCAUGCCCCUAGCAGUGGCGGCGGAGGGUUUCCUCAGCAAAGGCUCCCACAACUGGCUGUGGAAGUUCUUGACCGUUUUGGAUACGGUAUUGGCCAAAUCAGGCCUCUCCGAUGUUGAUUUUCUUCUUCCACUGAUGGAUGAGGAUGGACCAGUUUAUCCAUUGCAACCGAUGGAUUAUGCUACAGCGUUAUUUUAUUUACGGAAAUUUUUGGGUUGCCCCUGGAGUCAACGACCAGACCCCUUGCAGCAUUUGAAGUUGAACUUCACUUUGCACUCCCUCAAAGCGACGUUAUUGUCGUGGGGACCACAGCUGCAUGAGAAGGUUACCCCUGAACAGCGUUUGUCUCAGGGACACCAUUCGGAUCCCAAUAGCAGUUUGGACACAUACUCACGUGACGUGGUGUGGACGUCCUUGACGUAUCAGCGCAAGAUGAUACAAGAGGUUCAGAGUGGAUGGCGUCCAGCCAUUGCCCAGCAUCGGGGUAGAAUGGUCGUCUUCUACUCCUUUGUCAGUAUUCCAAAAGGCGUGCCUCCGCACGGCAUUUCAGCGAUGAAACAAAAAUUCAUGGCCAACUAUCCAUCGGAGUUGAUCCAUGCAGACCUUUUUCCGUCGACCAGAUUUGUGAGCCUGGUUCAUGACCAGCUCUCCAAGAAGGUUUGGAAAUGGGUGCCAUGGAAGUAUCGCAUCUCGCUCACCAGGUUCAUGAUCGGGCCAUUGCCUUGUGCCAAGGGCAAGGUCCAAUGGCUCACGGAGAUUCAAAGGGAUGGUGGUUUCAAGCAACUCUGCAUGCGAUAUCAGGUGGGCAAGUGUCAGACUCCCAACUGUUUCACCAUGCAUGAUCCAUUCAAUGAGAUUGACUCCGUGGAGACUCUCCCAGUGCAUGACGUGGACCCAGUUCAAGACUUUGCUCCACCUAGUGAUAGUUUUACCCGGGGCCGUUUGUCCCAACCCGAGCAGGCGAAUGCGGUUGGUUAUGGAGCGGCCAGCCCUUCCUGCUGUGAAUACAGCAGACUCAAACUUCGAGAUGAUGACGGUCCCAAGGCUCUACGAUCACCAGAGCACUUGUCCGGUCUGCCCAAUCUCACACCCUGGGAACUGCAACGUGUCCAAGAGAGCUUUAUGAUGCUCUCUCGCUGCGUUGAGGUCCUCACCCUGGUUUUUCAAGCAGGUCUCCGAGACGAUUCUGGUGCUUUUGCCAGUCGGGCGACGGCACAAUACCCACAGAAACUGGCACAAGUAUUUGCCAACCUUGUGGCCCCAUUACUGGACACAUCAGCGUUGGACCUACACUGGUCAUCUUUGGAUGCCCUCAUGCCCACCAAGCAACUGUCGGAUUAUCCAUUUUCGCAAAUCGAUGGGGGUGGAGCUUUUUCCCACCCGGACUGGAGUCAGGAUAAUCGUCAAGAACACGACUGGUUCAAGACUCUUCGUACUUCGUGGAUGAACAGGAUCAUCUCUGAGCGGUUGGAUAAGAUCCUACUUGCGCAUGUGGCUUCGGGCAACCCGUCACCGCCUUUUCGGUGGAAACCCUGA